AUGGAGGAAAAUAAAAACAGUAAUCUUGGAAAAGAAAAGCAAUCCAGAUUAGUCGAGGAAGAGAAGAAUCAUCAUGAAUCAAAGACUAAUCCUGUUUCCAUGGAUGGAAAGCUGCUAGUGAAGCUGAAAUUUCCGAAAGGCGCCGAAGAAACUGAAGAGGGGGCUGAGGUGGUAGUUAGCCCUGUUAAGAAGAGUCACUUCUGCCAUGAAUGCAACAAAGGUUUUAGCUCUGGGAAGGCUCUUGGAGGUCAUAUGAGCAGUGCUCAUGUUCAGGCUAGGGAGAACCUCAAGAAGCUAAAAUUCAAUAUGUCCGUCAAGUUUAAGAGAGAUGGAUCUAGUUCUGAUGCUGCUGCAAGAGAAACUAUUUGCUCAAUCUGUGGAAAAGAUUUUCCAUCAAGGAAGUCUUUGUUUGGACAUAUGAGAUGCCAUCCUGAUAGGGAGUGGAGGGGCAUGGAGCCUCCCAAAGAACAAGGAAAGAUCCCUCGUGAACAUCCUCAAUCUUUAUCUAUUCUUGAUGAUGAUGAUGAGGAGGAGGAGGAGGAAGAAGAAGAGGAGUCCUUGGAGACUGAUAAUCAGGCUGAUUAUCAUGUUCAUGUGGCGGCUGAUAACGUAGCAAUUUCCACCGUUGCAGAAGUGGUUGAUUUAACCAGGUCUUUGAGCAGCUGGUCGGUGAAGGGCAAGCGAGGCCGCGAAUGCCCUAGAGUUCUUCUGGAUACUUAUCCUUAUUGUGAGGAAGAAGAGCAGAAGAUACAGGAUGCUGUAGAUCAGCUAAUUAGCCUAGCUUACAAGCAGAACAAACAUGAUGGUUCGUCGACCAGGAGAGGUCAAAUCAAGGAGGGUAGGAAUAGUGCUUCUGGCUUGAAGAAGAAAAGGGUUGAUGAUCCAGUCCAUCCAGCUAGAGUUAGAAGGGAUUAUCCUGUGAAGAAACGACGAUUUAGUGAAAUAGACACAGAUUCUGAAGAAACCCUUGAUGGACUAUCGGACAAAGGUAAAAGAAAAAAUCCAAUGAAGCCUGAAUCGAGUGUUGAAAUAUCACCAAGUAGUCAAUCCAGGCAUACUGUAAUAGGUAAAAUAUCUGGUAGGAGCAAUCAUUUCUCAGCUCAUGAAUUGGAUAAGAUGGAACUUGAGAAGCAAAAUCGUUGUUUCUAUGAUGAUUGUAAGAAGGGUAAUGUGGGGGUCAAGAACAAGAGAAGGGGGCCAAAGAUGACACCCAAGAAUUCAGAAACUGAAGGGGAACUUACCCCUCUAGAUCAGAAGCUGGAUGGUGAAGAGAGUACCCCAGAAAAAUUUAGGUGCAGCACUUGUGACAAGACUUUCUCGUCUCACCAGGCUCUUGGGGGUCAUAGGUCAAGUCACAACAAGUUCAAGGCAACGGUUCAGAACACUGCUGAUGGAUCUUCUCCGUUUCCUUUUGGACACGAAAAUCGUGCUAAUCCUGUCUCCCAAACUGCUGUUGAAAAUGAUGAAAUUAAAGGGGUAGAGGCUUCAAAGUUUCCAGAAAAUAUUCAUGAAUGCACACUCUGCAAGAAAACUUUCCCUUCCGGUCAAGCACUUGGGGGUCACAAGAGGUGCCAUUGGCAAGGUUUAUCAAGCCAAGUUGCUUCUCCAGAAGCAGAAGAACCUCGCCCAUUGGCCAGAAAAGGUUUGCAAUUUGAUCUGAAUGAGCCAGCAGAAGAAGAAGAUGCAAAUGCAAGUGACUUGGGAAAUUCUAGUGGAUACGCUUCUUGCUCCUAA